AUGAUGGCGGUUGACGUGCUGUUCGCUCCGGAGGAAGGAGGCCUUCUCUUCCUCCUCGUCCCCGGACAUGGAGUGUUGGUCGCUGGACGUGGCGGUCGGGCUGCGCAUCGUGAAGCUCUGAGAGAACAUGAACAACAUCGAUUGUUUACAUCAAGAUCCUCCGGGAGGUAA